AUGUCCAACCUCUCAAAUUUGUCUCUCCCUCGAUCGUCUCAUCAUUUUUUGAACUGUGCAACGGCGUCGUCUUGCUCCAGAAGCAGCAGCUACUACAUGAAGCUGAAGCAGCUGGCUAUAAUCACUUCCGGCAUGGUACACCCACUCCCCGGAGAGGGCUUGGCCUUUCUCAUAGCACCGAAUCUCACCUUCCCUCAAGGCAGCGAAGGUCAAUACCUCGGUUUAACUAACGCCGCCUCCGAUGGGAACCCACCCAACCACCUCCUCGCCAUUGAGCUCGACACUUAUAAGCAAAGCUUCGACCCGGACGACAACGUUUCGCGUCAGUUAGACGUGUUCACAGCCGAACAGUUGCGGGACCCAAAAACGAGCGAUUUCGUCAUCAGGCCCAGGCCCACAAAUCCAAUCUUAACAUCUAAUCUCAAUCUCAAAGACAUUGUGGAGCAGAAAUCCUACUUCAGUUUCUUUGCAUUGAUCGGCAGUGCAACCCAUCUCAAUUGCUUGUUAAGAUGGAAUCUGACGGUGGAGAAUUUGUCAGGUGUCGGGAGUGAAUAUAGCAAAAGUCAGGGGCUGAAGAUAGGACUUGGAGUGGGUGUACCUGUGGUGGUGGUGCUCUUGUUGGGCUUGGGAGGGCUGGUAUAUUACGUGCACAAGAGUAGGAAGGCCGCCGCGUUUGAGCCAAAUAUCUUAGGGGCACUCAAGAGCCUUCCAGGCACUCCAAGGGAGUUUGAGUUCAAGGAGCUGAAGAAGGCUAACUGA